GUUUAAAAUUACAUUAUUUUUAAUUAAAAUGCAAUGCAAUUCACAUAGCCAUUUUACAUUUGAUUAUAAGCAAUUUUUGAUAGAUGAAAUCGCAUUAGAUGGCUUAGAAGGUAUAGGAAUUGAUCUAUUAUGGAGACGCAUGGAAAAGCGUAUUUCUUCUACAAUAACUUUAAAGAUGAAGAUAAAAUUUUGGAAAUUCAUCGUGGAUUCAGAAUCAAUUAUGCUUUACCAACUCAGCCAACCACACCCAUACAUAGAAAUCUUAGAUCGAUUUUCAAUAAUAGAGGAACGCACGGGACACAUGUUAGACCCACCUAAUUACCUAGACGGUCCCUAUGAGUUUCAUCCAGUGCCCAAUGAGUAUGGCUCAUGCCCUAAUUAUGAUACAAGACUUUUGAUACCAAAGGAUGCUGCACAAUUAAUGACUUAUGAAGAAUUAUUAUCACAAUAUGGUGAUAAAUUGGUUCUAGUUGCAUCAUUGGAAGAAAGAUGGAGAUCUUUGGCAUCACAUUUGCCAAUGACAUACCUAAAUCAACUGACUCCUGUACAUUAUUGCAUUUUAGAAGUCAUUGGAAAAGGGAGAGAAAAUGGCCAAAUGACAAUAGGAAUGACGAAUUUAAACAAAAUUGUAAAGCAACCAAAACUAUUAUUCUACAAUAGAAAUGCACUACAAAAACUAGACUUAAUCAAAAAUCAGUAUUGCACUCAAGUAACUGGUGGAAAAGCAAUGAAAAGUAUACUUCUUCGCUUAAAAAGGUUCCACCAGCCAACACUGAAAUCACUGCCUAAAGUUGGAAAGAUAUUUGAGAUGGUCAAGUAUUUACUGAAUCAAGAAGAUCAUUCUGAACAAAACGAAGUGAUGAUCAAGAAGGGCUUGAUGACUCCCCAACAGAGUAAAAGACUUCAAAAGGCCAUCAAUGUUUUCAGUUUUGAAGACAGGGAAGUUAAGUUAGAAAGAAAUCCUAAUAACAAAAAUGAAAAGCAAAAAAUUGUUGUUAAAAAAAGAUUCAUAACACUUGCGUCACAAAGUGAUGAAUCACAGUCAGAUGAAGAAAGCAAUGAUGUUCCUCUGAAAUGUCAGUACAAAGUUGGAGUCACCUUAAUGAGACAAGCUUAUGAAAGAUUUUUAGAUGCAGGUCUAAAUGGAUUGACACAAAUUGAAGUUGCACAGCUUCUUGGUGUUGAGUUUUACACAAGUAGAACUAUUUGUAGAAACUUUAAGGCAAGAAAUAUAGUGAGAGAAUUUUUAGAAGACAAAGGCAGACAAAGAACUGCCAGAUAUAUAGCAUUAGCAGCUACAAAAGAAAUGGAUAAGGAAUAUGCAAAUGAAAGAAAUAAACUUAUGAAUUAUGUUAACAGUAGCAAAGUUGUAAGCGAUAAAACAGAUGUUAAACCUGCAGCUGAACCUAGUGAUGAAACUGAAUAUGAAGUACCGGUAAAGAAAAUCAAGCUUGAAAUGGAUAACAAAGAAACUGAAGAUAAUGCUGAACCUGAAAUUACGGAAAUCAAAGUGUUAGAAGGCUUCGAAAAUGUCAAGGAUUCAAUACUAAACUCUAGAAAAAAUCCAACUUUGAGACAAUUAAAAUUCGCAAAUGGAAUUUUAAAAAUAAUAAAUGAAGUUCAAUACGUCAUUGGCUUUCAAACAUUAAGUACCUUGGUUUCCAAAGAAAUUGAUGAGCCACCGAUGGAUACGAAGGCACUUAAAUUAUUUGUCCAAAAGUUGGUGAAAGAUGGUCAGCUUAAAAUUUUAAAACUAAAAAGACCCAAAAACUAUAACAAGUUUACAUUUUUAAUUUGCUCGCCUAACAUAAAAGCCACCGACUCUAUAAUAAAAUCUAAAUAUAAAGAAAUUUGUGCUAAAACUAAAAAGAAUGCAAAACCGAAACAUAACAAUCCGUCAGAAAUAACAAGACCAUUGUCACAGUUUGUUUAUCCAAGAUAUAUGAAAAUCCAAAAACUGCAUGAAUUUAUCGCUAAAUUGAUAUACUUCAGUGAUACUAAAUUUGACCCAACAUACCCUCCUGGUUUUGGUUCGCUAUUCUAUAUUAUACCGGAAAUGACUGUUGAAUUUGCUCUUGGCAAUAUAAAUAAUAUAGACAUAUCAGAUAUUUGUCAUCUUAAAUUAAAUGAGGAUUCUUACGUCACAAAAUUACGAGACACGUCAGAUCAUUUGAGUAGGAUUCUGCUACAGUCAAAAAGUCUCCAAAAUUCAGUAAGGGUCGGCCUUAAAGUUCUUGCGGUUCUGGGACUCGUUCAGUUGAUCAAUCAACCGUCAACAAUCAUGAGUAGAGAUGGAAGUAUUAUCACUUAUGUUUUUUAUGUCAAUCGAAAUGCAAAAAUAAUAGAUACAUCAGGAAAGUGGCCACGACAAGAAGCUGACAUGUGUGCACUAGAGAAAACAUUUUCCUUUAACUCAAUGGAAGAUAUUACAAAUUAUUGGAACGAAGUAAUCGCUAUCAGUUCGAAUACAACAAUCAAUAUGCCAAAACGUGAGCGGUACAGAUUAGUUCACCCAAUGCGUAAUGAAUACAAUGUAACUGAUUAUGAUAAUGGACAACGGUUUGGAGAUGGCUUAGGACCAUGCGGUUUUGAUUCAAGCAUAUUUAUGGAUAUACCACGUUUGUGGCGUACGUUCAUCUUUAGAAAUCCGACAGUGCCACAGCCAUUACCAAAAAAAAUCAAAGCGAAAAGAAUUCGAAAGAAAAAGCCCAAACCGAAAUCAGAUGUCAUAAAAAAUCAAAAGACGAAGAAAGAUCGAACUACCGAAAAAGGCACCGAUAGAGUCUCACGCAAGAAAGCCGUAGAUUCGCAAAUUGUAUGGUCAGAAUUUGAGGAUAAAAUUAUUAUGAUGUGUAAAGCUGCAAUUACAAUAAUGAGCCCAAUCUCGCAGCCUGGUUGCUUGAAGAUAAGGAAUACUGUGGCAAGGGAUCUUUUAACUAUAAACGAUCCUAAAAAAACAGCAGCUUAUUGCCAUAAAAGAGCUCUAAGCCUGGAAUCAAAUUCUGUGCUGACUCAUGAAAAGGACUGUAUCAUAAAUGAAUUAAGACGUCGCCGUAAUAUGAUAAAAAAAUAUGAAGGGUUUUUGAAGGUUUUGAGGCUUCGUCAUCACGCCAACAUAUCCAGAUAUGUUAAUGAAGCUAGGCUACCAAUGAUGGAAUUAGUUUGGCUUAUAUCACAGAUAGAGAAAACAAAACCAUUUCUCAAACGAGUACCCUGCAUAGCCAUGGAUCUAAAUGAUUUCGAUAAAAAUUACACUAUUACACCGUCAUCCGCUAAUCGAUCAUACAAUAUGUACAAAACGCCAAUAACCUCUGGACCGGAAUUUGCAACAUUAAAGGAAGCAAUUAUCUUAAGCAUUAUGAUGUCUAUAAAACAGUUAUUAAAUACGGAGACUGCGAAAAAAAUAUAUCUAAUAUUCAAAGAAUAUUCUGAACCAGUUUUACGGAGUGCAAUAGAACAUCUUAGGAAAUGUGGUGCGAUUGCUGCUAGAGAAAAAAUUUUGAACAACCACUUUAAUAAGAUCAACUUUGAUGACAUAGUCCAGUCAUCCUAUAAAAUUGCCGCAGUGUACAAGCGAAAGUGGAUCAACAGGUUAGAGGCAGAAUUUGGAGACAAUUUAGCAGAAAUUUUAAGUACUGACUUACCUCAAAAUGGAUUGAAAGGAUCAUGUGAGCUUAACUGUUUAUUGUGUGAAAUGUGCAGUUGUGACGUUUUGGACAUAACCUCUGACACAAUACCCGUGGUCACCGGGUCUGCUGGUUCCAUUGUACAAGAAGAACAAAUGAAUGUGAUCGACAUUGAGACAAAGUACAAAUUAAAAUCUGGUAUGGUCGGUUGGAAGGGUAAAGUUAGUUGGAAUAACUUUGCAGAAAUUUAUAAAAAUCUUGAAUAUAAGAGCAUUUUAGAAACCUUAUCGAAGGAUUCAGUAGUUGACUUUUCAAAUACACAUGACCUUGAUACAGAUGACGUCAUAAUAUCACAUUUACUAAAAAAGAAAGAGGGUUUUACUUUUUCAGAACUAAAGGAAAAACUGUCGAUGGAAAGAGACAUGCUGAAUACUAAACUCGAAGGUCUCGAGGCAAAAACGGUCAUCAAACGAGUGGGCAUAUACGAGAACCGAAUAGUUUUAACGAAGUUCUCGAAACGUUAUUUAUUACAAGUGAGGCCAGACUUUUGUAUAAUACCUACACCGUGGAUCAAUCUAGAAGCACAGAUACAAUAUGACGUAUUCUUUAAAUGGGCGGGAGUUAUAAUGAACAAGGUGUUCGAAUGCCCAGGCUGUUCUCUGACGUUUUUGAGUAACAAUUUUGAAUUUAUUUCCACUCGGAGUGUGCAAGAUAUUUGCAUAUAUUUAAAUAAAUGCGAAUGUGUCACACUCCAUACUAUAGAGAAGAGAGAGAUAGAUUUAUUUUCAGAUGAUGAACAUGUACCAGAGUUAUUUAAAUACAUUAGUUAUGAUUCACCUGAUCAGAUAAUCGUGUUUCCAGUGAAAAAUUCCUUCACAAAAUAUGCUUACAUAAGAAAAAAUAUGUUAAGCAAGUUAGAAGUAGUAACUGAUUAAUUGAAAUUUAUAUUUAUACAAACUAAUUACUUCCCAAAACUAUCUAAUACAAAUG